AUGAAUGUGCAGCUGGAUCGCAACCAGCCCCGCACGCCGGCCACUGAUAGCCGUGCGCUGCAGAACUUGAUCAAAGCAGAGAAAGAGUAUGUGGACGACCUCCUCAAUGCGACGUCGUCGGCCUUCUCCGCGGCUAGUUCCCUGCAUGCCUGGGGCCUGUCCGAGACGCCUGACCUCGGCCAGGCGACCGGGCAUGUCUCGCGCAUGCUCGAGAAUGUGGUGCAUGCGCAAAAGACGUAUGCGUAUUCCUUGAACCAGUACCGUGAAUCGCUCAAGGACAUGCUCGAUCGCGAGCAGAGCAUCCGCAGCAUUGUGCGUGAUCGCGACAUCUUGAUGAACCGUGUCAUCAAGAGCUCGCAGCGCAAGCCAACGCGCUGGGAGAUGAUGAAGGGGGAGGAGGAAUACCAGGCCCGUAUUUUCGAUGCACAGCGCGAGCUCCAGGCGUGCGAGCAGACUCUGGCUAACGAGAUGGCGAGCCUCGUCGGCGUUAAGCGUCGCACGUUCAAGGAGGCGCUCAUGAUGCGCGCCAAGACGCUCGGUGAUAUGGGCGCCCAAAUGACGGACUGUGCGCGUCAAAUCCUCGUGUACCUUGACCAGUUUGAUGCGGACAUCCCGGUGGCACCGAUGCCUAUCUCGUCGAUGGAGAUCCCUGAGCCUGAGCCCAUGUCGCCGUCUAACGUAUUCCUCCCUGACGAGGAACCUGCCACGAUGCAGGCGCCCCCCCAUGAGCCGCCGGCUUGGCACGGGUCGCUCCCCCCGCUUCCGGUGGGCGACAGCGACGUGGGCGCUGAGCCCAUGGCGCCCGUCGACGAGCCGCGCAUGCCGCGUGCAUCGUCGCGCCAACGUGUCUCGCGCUCGAACAGUGCAUCUGAGGCAAUGUCUACGCCGCGCCCAUCGAGCAAGAAGGUCCAGCGCCGUACGUCGUCGAUCAUGUCGUACGGUACGCCCAUGUCGGUGCCCACGGUGCCGGGAGGCGUCCCGAGUGCGCCACAGAUGAACUUGGCGCAUGCGCGCGAUGGCUUUGUGGCGCCCACCAUCCCAGGUGGUGUGCCGACGGCGCCGCGCCUGUAUAUGCAUGAUGCUGGCGCGGCAGAUGCGGACGAUGCUAGCACAGUCGACUCGUCGGUCGUGUACCGUCCAUCGGCCCGCCAUGGCCGCAGCCAUUCAGUGGACGACGAAGCCUUCCGUGGCAGCAGCCGUCACAGCCGCCAGGGCAGCGGUACGAGCUUCUUGUCCAAGAUGUCCGGCCUGUUCAAGACCGACAUGCGCUCGCCCACCGGUCCGCAGCGUAUCAGUUCGCAGCGGGGCGGUGGCUCUGACGCUGGCUGGGGCUCGAGUCAGGUGUCACGCCGUCACCGCGCGUACCGCGACGACAGCAGUGAUGAUGAGCCGAUAGGCGGCGCGAACGUCGUACGUCACGUCAACGAGCGCGUGAGCCAUGGCCGCGGCUCGACAAGCUGGCACCCGAAGACGGCUGAGGAGCAGGCGCUAGACGAGGCCAUCCGCCGAAGCGUCAUGGGCGAGGGUAUUGCGCCAGCCAAGAAUCGUCCCAGUACACGCCAGUCGGACGAGUACGGCAUCAGGCUGGGCCCUCCGUCGCAGAGCAUGGUCAACUCGCGUAUGACGCGCAGCACAUCGCUGGAUUAUGCAGACGCUGUGACACUGCGCCCUGACCCAGCCGGCGUGCGCAAGGUGAAGAAGCGCAGCAGUAGCGAGCAGGUGGGCGGCAGUGCCAAGACGAAGGGGAAGAAGAAGAAGGACCCGGCCGCGCACCCGCCGCCCGCGCCGUCGAGCUUCUACACGGCCAAGUCGCCGGCGGCAUCGCUCCCUGUGCGUCCGUCCAGUGUGUCGAGCGCCUCGCGCCAGGGCACACCACUCAAGUCAGCGAUGAAGGGGCAUGGCACGCCGUCGUCCACGCAUAAGCGCCUUCAUAUUGCUGGCUCUGACACGGGCCACACACUGACCAUGGACGAUCAGGUGGACGGCACGGGUCACCUCGACUUGGACCUGCCUGAGCUGGGCUUGUCGAAGGAUGCAUCCAUGGCGCCGGCGCUCUCGUAUCUCGGACCUGUCGUGCAGUCGAGCCAAGCGCCUGCGAGUGGUCUGGGCGGCGAGGCCGCUGCUACGUAUCUGUCGUUUGUGGCGAGUGAGGGCGCUUCUGAGCCGGCCGCUCCGGCUGUGUCGCGCGAGCGAGCCCCUGCACCCGCGAGCGAGCCGGUGCCUGCUGUGGCGAGUGAGCCGCCGGUCAUGGCCAGUGCGGUGCCGGCCGUAACAGCGACGCUACUCAGCCAACGUCCGGCACGCCCGCCCCGAGCCAAGGUGCCCCGCAAGAAGAGCGCUACGCCGGCACCUGCGCCGGCGGGUGAAGUCUUUAUCGACGACGACGAUGCGUCGGAAGUGGGCGUCGAGCGCCGUGCCACCUCGUGGAGCACACGCAUUGGUCGCGCCGACUCGAGCGACGAGGAGGGCGAGGUCGAUGGCGACGACGAUGGCGCGUACAUCUCGGCGCGCAAGAAGUUUGGCAGUGCUACGCGACACCUGGGAGAAGCUACGGGAGCCAUCCCGCCCAAGGUCAAGGGCGAGCAGCGCGCCAAGGCGCAGGGCAUGUAA